AUGUGCCACAGCGCCUAUGUACCCGGUGCCCAUGGCAGUUCUGAGGCCAACACCUCUCAGCCCCAAUCCCGAGCCGGAGCCAGAAGCCUGGCCAAUGGGCUGGUCGUCUGCAUGCAAUGGAGGUUGACAGUGUCAUGCUCAGCGUGUGCCGGAGCAUGGACAACAAGCAGCACAGACAGUGAACAACGCAGACAGCAAGCAACACGGUGGGUCUGCUGCAAACGUGGCCAUCAACGUGCGCAUGCCAAUAGCCCAGGCAAGAGGAUGGCAGCAUUUGACGCAGGGGGUAGCUGGGCAUUCAGCGCAGGAGGGGGGACUGGGGCAUUUGAUGCAGGUGGGACUAGGGCGUUUGACGCAGUGGAGGCUGAGGCAUUCAGAUCAGAUGGGGCCGGGAUGCUCAGCGGAGGUGGGGCUGGGGUAUUUGACACAGGAGAGGCAUUUGACACAAUAGGGGUGUUUGACGCAAGAGGGGCAUUCAACGCAGGAGGGGCAUUUAAUGCAGGAGGGGCAUUUAAUGCAGGAGGGGCUGGGGUGAACAAAUUUACCACAUGGGUUUUGGACUGUAAAACCCUCACCAAAAUGGCAUAUGACUCGUCAGAAGCUGACAUGGAUGCGCUCAUUGAGGACUUCGAAACUAAAGUAUCCUCAAAAAUAUCCAGUUGUGAAGAACUCUUGAAGCAGGCCUGCCCUAUACUCCAAAAGUAUACUGAUACUAAUAAAAAUGCAGUGGAUGGGCUGCAUUACUUAUGGUCAUUUGACUGUGCACUCAAAGAGGCACGUGCUAUCAACGAUAAGGUGGCAACACAUCAGAACAAGCAUUACGCAUUUACCAUCUGGGUCUUCACGCAAGUGCCCAUCUUCCAUCUGUCAGCACAAUGGUUUAUGAUUGGUCUGCAGGAGCAUUUCCAAGAAUCAUUGAGCGUCAGCAUCAGAAAGACUACAGAAAUGGUGAACACUCCUGAUCAUCUGGGUGUGAUGAUUCAGGCAGGUUACAAUGCUGGACCACGGGAUAGCUGUGUGGUUGUGCCUUGCAAUGUCAUUGAUCAUAUCAGUGCUAAGCUUGCUGCUCAGUCACUUCUAAACAUGCAAACAAGAAACGUACCUGAAGAUAUUGGCUGGUCCAUUCAGGACCAUGAUGGUGUUGUAUAUCAUUUUCCUCAGGUGCCUCAUAGCCCCCCAGAGGAAUAUCUUUCUCAAGACUAUGUGGUCUGGGCUCACAUUGUUCCAGCUUACUGUGAUUUUGCGCUGUCAUGGCAUGAGAUCAACCCCAAACAGAAUAUGUCAUUCGGACCUGGAUUCCAUGCCAGUCUGAGGUUAAGUCUAUGA